AUGUCGCUGGAAUCCGACGGCGCCGCCACCGCGAAGAGGCCGCGGCUGCCGGCAGAAGAUCCAUCCAUCCAUUUCGGCGCGGCGGUGGAGGCAGCCGACCGCAUCUCGGCGCUACCGGAGGCGAUGCAGCUGCACAUCCUGUCCUUGCUCCCGCUGCCGUCGGCAAUCCGCACGGGGGCGCUCUCCCGCGCCUGGCGCGACCUCUGGAAGCGCCGCUGGCAGGACGACGGCAACGCCGGCGCCUUCCUCCACCACCACAUCCGCCCCUGCUCCUCCCCGUCGUCAAAGAAACUGCUCGAGUGCCUCGAGCUGCGCCAAUCGCAGGGGCGGCGCGGCCGCCUCGACCGCUACUCGCUCGUCGCCGACAACCCCGCCAUGGGCGCCCGCCAGUUCGGCCGCUACCUCGACGCCGCCGCCCGCUUCGGCGUCGAGGACCUCCGCGUCGAGCUGCCGGAGAAGCCGCCCUCCCCGGCCACCCCAACAAAGGCCACCACCCUCCGCUUCCCCUUUCCGGCGGCGGCCGGCCCGGACCUCGCGCGCCUCUCGCUCCGCGGCAUUGGGGUCUCCGGCCUCCACAGCAGGGCCGCGCGACCGUGCUCCGCCCUCGAGGUCGUCCGCCUCCACUCGGUCCCCGUGGACGACAGGGGUUUGGCGAGGAUGCUGGCCCUGUGCCCUCGCCUCCGCGUCCUCGGCCUGCACUCCUGCUCGGCCCUCCGUCGAAUCGCCGUGACGGCAGCGACGGGGCGCAAACUGAGGAGCGUCACCAUCGCAGGGUGCGGCUGGCUCAUCGAGGUGGACGUCGCGGCGGUUUCUAGCCUCCGGUCGUUUCGCUACACCGGCGGUUUCCUCUCGUCAUUCUAUCUCCCGGACAGCGCCUCAUUUGCCGACCUCUACAUCUGCUUCGACGCCCAGAGAAGCUGCAAUGUCCGCAUCUGCCAAAAGGUGUUCAGCCACUGGUUCGAAAGCCGUGUAUGCUGGAAACUCACUGCCCUCACCAUCUGCAGCAAUGUCCUCUUUGUUGUGUCUUCCUUGCCCAAUGGAAUCUCACAUGCCGAAUCGGCCAAGAUUGGCGGCGACUUCUUUCGAAGCAUGACUGAACUACAACUGCUUAUGUUAGAUAUGAAGGCCCCUGAGCUUGCGAACAUCUAUGUGUUCCUAAAGAACAGCCACUGUUGUAAUCUGGAGAGGCUUUUCGUGCAGCUCCCUAGCAUCCCCAGUGGGCCCUUGGUGGAUGCAUCUGACCAUGUGCGGGUAGAGCCGCCCGAGGAUGUUUUGGAAAACCUUAAGGUGGUAAAGAUUACAAACUUCAACUGGAACCGCAUUGAGCUGCAGCUAGUGUGCUUUUUGUUGAGGAAAGCUAGCUCUCUCCAUAAACUUCUACUAGUUACUCCCAGUUUGGUUCCAUUGGAUGUGACUGGUAUUCAGAAGGCAGAUCUCUUACUUGUUGGAGAAGCUGUGGCAAAUGGAAAAAUAAUUCUCAGCAAGUUGGACGAUGCUGCAACCCAGCCAUUUCAUUCAGAUGUCUUUGCCGAAGUUUAG